AUGGGGAUCCUGAAAUGGACGUAUACAAGCUGGAUUGGGUCCAAGCUUAGAGCGUCCAAUAUGGGCAAGCAAAGCCCAGCAAGUCUCCCAUCUGGAGUCACGUGGCGCCCAUUGACAUUUCAUUCCUGGUUUUCUAACACAGUGCUCUCUGUUUUCUCAGAUGCGACUUCACGGUUUGGCCCGGCAUACUUGCAAACGCCGGCGGGCCCAGCUCGACAGCACCGGCUUCGAGUUACCGCAGGGGAAAUCCCGAACCUUCCAGGCUCCGGCAGGCUGGUCAGGAAGGUUCCGGGGCCGAACAGGAUGCAAGUUCGACGGAUCCGGUUCGGGCUCGUGUACCACUGGCGACUGCGGCUUCGGCAAGCUGGAGUGCAGUGGGAUGGGGGCUGCUCCACCGGUGAGGCUGGCAGAGUUCACGUUGGGCAAAGGCGGCGGUUAGGACUUCUACGACGUGAGCCUAGUGGGUGGACACAAUUUGCCGGUGAAGGUGGAGGCGAAAGGCGGAUCAGGAGGGUGCGGUUCGGCGGGCUGUGUGGCGGACCUGAACUAGCAGUGCCCGUCAGAGCUGAAGGCGGCCAACGGCGAGGCCUGCAAGAGCGCGUGCGAGGCGUUUGGGAGCGAGGAAUACUGCUGUAG